AUGUUUCCGUCAAAAUUAGAACAAAACCAGCUCAAGGCGAGCAUUGCCUCUUCAUACAACAAACUAUAUGGCCAGUUCUCAGCCAAAGAGUUGCAAGACGUUGGGAACUAUAAGCUUCUGAAAGUGGUUGGAGAGGGAAGCUUUGGUAAAGUUUAUUUGGCCAGUCAUCGGCUGACGCACCAAAAAGUAGUGUUGAAAAUGGGGUCCAAGCACGACCCAAAUGUUGUUCGGGAAGUCUUUUAUCACCGGCAGUUUGACUAUGUCUAUAUUACGCGUCUCUACGAAGUCAUAGUAACGGAGAACAACGUUUGGAUGGCUCUGGAGUAUUGUCCGGGAAGAGAACUUUACGAAUAUCUACUUUCCAAAAAACACAUCUCAAUUCCGGAGUGUGCACGACUCUUUUCUCAGAUUGUUGGCGCGGUUUACUAUGCUCACUCCAUGAAAUGUGUUCAUCGAGAUUUGAAACUAGAGAAUAUCUUGCUGGAUAAGAAAGGACAAGCGAAAUUGACCGACUUUGGCUUCACGCGAGAAUGUGCUACGAGGGGGAUACUGGAGACCGUGUGUGGAACUACGGUCUAUAUGGCGCCGGAAUUAAUAGAACGCAAGCCGUAUGAGGGCUACAAGACUGAUAUGUGGUCCCUGGGAGUCAUUUUGUACACAAUGGUUCAUGGUACCAUGCCAUUCGACGAAGACGAUGAGAUAAGAACAAAGCGAAGAAUUGUAGUAGAAGAACCAGCAUUUGACAGCUCUUUGAUCAACGCGGAUGGUAAGGAUCUGAUCACCAACCUGUUAAACAAGGACCCGCAACAAAGGUUGUCCGCUAAGGAGGUCUUAAUGCAUCCAUUUCUUCACCCAUACGGCGCCUCCGUUUUGGAAAAGACCGAGAAAAUCAUAAAGCGCCAAAGUAAUAGUCCCAAGAACUUCAACACAAAAUUGGAACGCCGACUAUUGAAGAAACUGAAACAAACCGGAUUCGACACGCAAGGAAUCAAGCAUUCUGUGAACAAGCGAAAAUGCGACAGUUUGUCCGGCAUGUGGUAUUUACUCUUGGAAAAAGAGAAGCGGUCUGAUCAACAUCGGCAUCCCAAAAGGAGCCGCUCAGUUUUGUCUGUAAAAAAGGUUUUUGAUGCUUCUACUAUGAGCAGGAAAUCUACUGAAGAAUUAAAGAAACUUGAUCCUUUAACAAAAGCUACAUCACUAAAGAGGAUAAUGAGUAUGAAAAGUGACUCGGGGUCAGUACGACAGCCGCAUAAUAUCUCUCAAUCGAUGUCUACCAAGGAUAAAAACGAGUCGGAAGAACACGUAUGCACGGGCAAUUGUCAACGAACACCGAAGAAGCCCAAUUUUUUCAAUAAGAUGAGCAAUUUCUUCAAAAACAAAAAACAGCCAGGUGCGGCCUUAGAUAAUACGUCCACGAGUCCAAAAUCAGAUGGCGUGGACAAAAGGAAGCACAAUAAUAUAUCCUAUGAAUCGCGAAAAAACAGUCCGCAAAGGUCACAAACCAAUUCAGGUGGAAGUCCCCAACAUAAAAACAGGAAUGAGCCACAACCAUUUCAGCAUGCCGUGGACCGCGUUACUAAUGGCUUACAGUUAAAAAUCGAGGAGCCUAUGCUCAAAAAGUUCAAAUCUAAUACUUCAAGUGAAAUGUCUCGCCAAACGUCUCUGGGAAAUUACGAUAGUGAAGCGGAUCCUCGUUCUCCGCCCGUAGCCCUAAGGCCUUUUGAUGAAGGGAAGGGCGAGAUUCAAAGGCAGCGGCCAAAUUCAGUUUUAUCACAGCAUUCCGAAAUGUCAAAUGACACUUAUAACUCAGAGUAUUCGACCGAUGGUAAUUUAUCCAAUUCCAAAGCCAAUAGUAGUAUGAGUUCCAAUGCCAAUAAAAGUAGUGGUGUGAUGCUGUCCCCAAAUGUCGAAAGUGUGGACAGCUCUUCUUUUCAAACUCGUGCGACAAGAAGAUCGAUGAGUAUUAUAUCCUCCGCGUCUAGCACCUCGGAGAGGAGUUCUAGAACAGAUUCUUUUUAUGAGAUUUCGACAACCUCAUCGCCCAAAUCCAUGGAUAUGAGGACCAUGAAUGCCUUCAAGCAUGCUGACACUGCCUCGCCAAGGAUGAAUGUCGGGACACAUUGGCUGGCGAAAAGAGGAAGAUCGCCCGUUGGGAGACGAGGACGACUUCCGAAAAGAAAUCUCACGCGUAAGCUUCUCAACCACAGCUCUUCUGCCGCCCAAUCUGUGAUUCAAGAAGAAGGUUCAUUUGAGGAUGAUGAAGAAAAGGCCGCCGCUUUAGCUGUACCUGAUGCGGAGCCUACCUUGCCCAGUGCCGGAAAGGAGUCCGCUAUAAACAGCGAUCCGCCUCGACCAGUGAACUCAAUGUCCAGUCCGGAGCUUCCUGCGGUUGACCGCCGCCCAAUACUAAUGAACAUGAGUCUAUCUUUUAACACUGAUAGUAAUCCGUGGUCAAAUGAAUCUACGGAAAGUCGCUCGGCAGAAGCACCCGCGCCACCUACUGACAACCAGGAUGAGCAUUUGAUGCUGGGGAUUGCCGAUGAUGAAGACAACUCCCUGGAAACCUAA